AGCUGUCUUGUCAAGUUUUGAGCACACAAGCUAUUUAACAAUGCUGUCCCGUGCUAUAUGCAGAGAAGCUACAAAGCAAAUCCACGGGAGUCUCAAUGGCGCCGCAUUGCUUGCAGGGCGGCGGGCGCUCACGGUGCCAGCAACAUUCUACUAUCUCGAAAACCGGGACGAGUACAAGACUGUUAAGCCUUAUCAUAUUAACCUCCCAACCCGUGCGUUUCCAGGCGGCCUGCAGUCCAACGAAGUGUCCAUCCCGUACUACAAUGUGCCUGUGACGGGCAUGCGUGGAAUGGUGGACCAGUUCCAGCUGGACCGCAAUGGGUUCCAGGUCAUGAAUGAAGACGCACGAGGGCCCAAUUCCCUUAUUGACUGCGUCGAGGAGGCCGGCUACGACGACGAGCACCUGUUGCGACGGAAGGUUGGACCGGCUGUCGAGGAUUUCUUGAAGCGAAAGAUUCCCGAGGCUGAAGAUGCAAUUGCAUUCUCCCACCAGGUCCGAAAGAGAGACCAGCAAUUUCCAAAGCUACCCCGGGGCACAGACGCGGCAACGCCUCAGCCGGUCCAGGGAGUUCACAUAGAUAUGACGCCGGACUCUGCGCGGGUGGAGAUACACGAUACCCUACGUAAUCGAGGAUACCCUGACAUAUCAAAAAGGAGAUGGGCGAUUAUAAGCAUCUGGCGACCGCUUUUUGGCCCGCUCCAAGACUGGCCGCUGGCACUGAUGGACUACACGUCCUUUGACAACCGCCGCGAUCUGGUCGCCUCAGACAACAUCUACCUGCACAAGAUUCGUGAGACAUUUAAUGUGCUCUGGAGCGAAUCGCACCAAUGGUACUUUCUAGAGGACCAGCAGCCCGACGAGGUGUUUGUGUUCAAGACAUUUGACAGCUACGCCCACCAGGGUCACGCGCGCGCCUGCCCGCACGCAGCGUUCCAGAACCCCCUGGCACCGGCGAUGGCGCGACCGCGCUGGAGCUUCGAGUGCCUAACAGUGGUGUUGUGGCCAGAAGGGACGGCACGAAAUGGUCCGUAUGACGAGGCUCUACCGUCCGAGUCGCUGUCCAAGUCGCUCAGCACGCUGCUGGCGGAGAUGAGUGGAGGCACAGAGUGAAUCAAAUGGAGGGCAUUGGAGACUGGGGGGUUUGUCCUCCUUCUACGGCUGCAUCGUCUGCCGGCGUUCUUUCAUCAGCCGCACCAUAUUCGCAAAGGGGUCCUGAUGUCGAUUAUCCAGAUAGUCAAAAUCCG